AUGAGGACGGGGUGGUGGGCUGGGAAGGGACAGAGCCAGGGGCUAGAGAGACACCACUGUAGGGAAGGAAGUGCCACCCACCAGGCCAGUCACCCCAACACUGAUCAUAUCACAGAGAAGCAACACCCUUAUUCACAGAAUGUCACCAAACCUUCGAGGCCAUGGCAGAACCACUCCUCCUGCUGCUCUUCCUGUCCUGGUCCUCUCCGGCGCACCAGUGACACACCAGAAGUGGAGGAGAGAACAAAGCAAGAAGGGAGUUUUCUCUUUGCUGCCAAACUUUCGGACAAAGUUCUAGAGGUGGGAAGGGGGAGAGAACCACCUGCUGAGAGGCAAGAUCUGCAUCAAUGA